GUAACAGAUUAUUUUAUUACAAUGGUUAAAUUGGAUUUUCAUUGUGUUCAAUGGUGUUAUUUGCCCCCUAGUGGCGCUUUCUGGUACUUAGAAAGACGACGCAAACAGGAAGUACAGAAUUUGUUUUGCACGCAUAGAAGCAGCUACAAACAACGCUACGGUGCAGGUCUUUCAAUGUAGUUAUUUCUUGUCACGCUUCAGCCUUGGAAAAAUAUUUGUUUUUUCACAACAUAAACGUUUACAAUAUAUUCAUUCAAGAAAAAGAAAAAUCACGCCUUGGGAGUUUUAUUGAAGAGUUAGUUGUUAGCUAUCUGUCUAGUUUUGCAUGGGAACGCAACUCAAGGGCAGAAUAGUGUGUCCCUUAGCUUUGAACUAAGUGGAAUUACACUCCUGCUGAACUCCGCCCAUGUUGAGCUUGCUUUUUGCGUCAUCAAAAGUCGACGCUGAACUUUUGACGUGUAGAACGUGUUCGCCAUAAUAAAUGCUGUGCUAAAACAAGUGACAACAAGGUGGCGUUUGUAUUCUUAUCAACAAAUAUUGGUGUAGUUAGCAAGUGUUUUGUCGGCAUUGUAAAAAAAAUAAGGAAGACUUAAAGAGCGAAGGAAAAUUGAGCAGAAAAGGGCCAGACCAUGGCGUCGGCAUCUGCUAGUGUGGAUUCCAAGGCAGAGCUGACCUCUCUGCUGGAGCAGUGGGAGAGGGAGCAGCAGGCCAGCACACCGGACCUGGUCAACAUCCUGACUAAGAUUUCAGAGCUGGUGGAGAGGGAGACUGAGGAAUAUCACAAAGCUGAUCCGGAUCCUUUUGAUGACAGGCACCCUGGGAGAGCGGAUCCGGAAUGCGUCUUGGGUCAGCUGCUAAAGAUCCUAUUCAAAAAUGAUGACUUCAUGAAUGCUCUCGUUAAUAGCUAUGUGAUGACCAGUAGAGAGCUCACCCUCAACACUGCAGCUUGUCGCCUGCUGCAGAAUAUCAUGCCUGGGUUGGAGACUGCUGUGGUCUUUCAGGAGAAGGAGGGCAUAGUGGAGAGGCUUUUUAAAUGGGCCCAGGAGGCGGAGCAGCCCCUGAGAAUCUAUGCUACAGGCCUGUUGGCUGGAGCAAUGGAGAACCAGGACAUCGCUGCCAACUACAGGGAGGAGAACUCUGUCGUGGUGCCUCUGAUGCUGCAGCGGCUACGCGAGUUGCAGGCCAAGGACACUGAAAACCGGAAGGGGUUUAAACGGCCCAGUCCCAGGAAGUGCCUGGGGAACCUCUUUCCUCUGGAUGAGGAGACGGUCGACGGGGGCUUCCAGGACAACCCUUUCCCCCCGGGGAAUGAAGGCAUUGAGAGGAAUGAGAAGGGAUCCGAUGAGGACCGAGUGGAGAUCCACAGCCACGAGUCUUACAGCGAGAUCUCCUUCCACCUCAACUACCUUAACCACACCCACAAGACCAGUAGCUGCGCUAACUCCGCUGUCAAAGGACUGAUGAAGCCUGUGUCUGCCCCGCCGCCUCUGUCCCACCGGGACUUCCCCGACUGCAGGGAGGAGGGCAGCACUCACCUCAAGAGGAGAACAGAGAGGGAGAAUGGACGGAAGGUGAAACAGAAACUGAACUUCUCCCUGCCAGACCCGGAGAGGAACUUCAGCGAGCUGUCCAACAGCAGCUGGUCUGAGAUGAGCCCCUGGGUGAUUGGGAACAACUAUCACCUUUACCCUCUGACCCCAGAGAUGGAGCAGAGGCUCAUCCUACAGUACCUCACCCCUCUGGGAGAGUACCAGGAGCUUCUGGCUGUCUUCAUGCAGAUGGGAGCCUGUGAGCUGCUCAUCCAUUACAUGGACCUGAAGCAGACCAAUGAUGUACAGCUCACCUUUGAGGCUCUCAAGUAUCUAGCCUCCCUGCUCCUGCAUAAGAAGUUUGCCGCCCAGUUUGUGGUCCAUGGAGGGGUUCAGAAGCUGUUGGAGAUCCCCAAGCCUUCCAUGGCCGCCACAGGGGUGUCUCUGUGCCUCUACUACCUGGCCUACAACCAGGAUGCCAUGGAGAGGGUGUGUAUGCUGCCCCACUCUAUCCUGUCUGACGUGGUGAGCUACAGUCUGUGGCUGUUGGAAUGUUCCCAUGCCUCGGGCUGCUGCCACGCCACCAUGUUCUUCUCCAUCUCUUUCUCCUUUAGAGCAGUGCUGGAACUCUUCGACAGGCAGGACGGCCUCCGGCGCAUAGUCAACCUGAUCAGCACAUUGGAGAUCCUGAACCCUGAGGACCAGGGUGCCCUGCUGAGUGAUGACCAGAUCUUCUCCAGCAGGCAGACGGCCAAGCACACCUGCAUGGCCCUGCGCAGGUACUCCGAGGCCCAUCUGGCCAUCAAGGUGGAGCAGGUCAAGCAGUCCCUGCAGCGGACUGAAGGAGGUGCUCCCAUUCACCCACAGCCUUACUACAAGGCAUGUAGUUACACCCACGAGCAGGUGGUGGAGAUGAUGGAGUUCCUGAUUGAGUACGGCCCAGUCAGGCUGUACUGGGAGCCUGCAGAAGUUUUCCAUAAGCUCUCCUGUGUGCAGCUUCUCCUGCAGCUCAUCUCCAUUGCCUGUGACUGGAGGACCUACUACGGCAGGAGUGACACAGUGCGUUAUGCCCUGGACAUACUGAGCAUCCUGACGGUGGUCCCUAAGACCCAGCUGCUGAUGUCGGAGUCUGUGGCCGUGCUGGAUGGGGAGGGGGGCAACGCCAUCUCCACCGUGGGUAUGGGUGUAGUCCUGGUGGUGGCAGAGGGAGAGGUGUUUGUGAACGAUGCCGAGAUUCAGAAGUCUGCUCUGCAGGUGGUCAUCAACUGUGUGUGCGCUCCAGAUAAACGCAUGUCCGGCAUCGGCAAGUUCAUCUCUGGCACGCCCCUCAGACGUCUACCCCAGACCACCAAGAACAGCGAGAGCGUGCUCACCAAGAUGUGGAAUGUGGUGCAGUCCAACAACGGCAUCAAGGUACUGCUGUCCCUGCUGACGGUGAAGAUGCCCAUCACAGAUGCGGAUCAGAUUCGGACGCUGGCCUGUAAGGCCCUGGUGGGUCUGUCCCGCUCCAGCUCAGUCAGACAGAUUAUCAGCAAGCUGCCUCUCUUCAGCAGUGGACACAUCCAGCAGCUCAUGAAGGAGCCCGUGCUCCAGGACAAACGCAGCGAACACGUCAAGUUCUGCAAGUUUGCGGCAGAGCUAAUCAAGCGGGUGUCUGGUAAACCCCUCAUGAUCGGGACGGAUGUCUCCCUGGCCUGGCUGCAGAGGGCAAACGUGGUGGCCCAGUCCAGAAUAUCCUUUCCUGAGAAGGAGCUACUGCUGUUGAUCCGGAACCACCUGGUGGUCAAGGGUCUGCAUGACACUGCCACCACACUCACCAAGGAGGCCGACCUCCCCAUGGCCAUCCUCCCCCACCCAUCUUCCUCAGCUUUGCUUCCUGUCGUUGUUCCCCCUGCUUCUCCUGCCCCUGCCCUCCCCCGGACCCCUCGGCUGGCCAAUGGGGUCACAGCACGGUUGGUGAGCCACAGCUCUCAUCCGUCCGUGCUGUUGUCAGUUCACCCCCAGCCUCGUCCCUCGACGUCGCAACUCCUCAUGGUACCUCCGGCCGCCCCUCCCCUGUUGACCCCUCACCAAAGCAACGGCUCUCCCCUGAUUGGGCGGAUCGUGUUCAUGCGAGAGCGCCCGUCGCCGUGCCCCGUGCCUGCCAUCUGUAAGAAGCCGCGGGUGCUGAGGCAGAAGUCAGACUACGGUGCCUUCAGCCAGAGUCCAGCCAUGAAGAAACAGCUGGACAGACACCUGCCCUCUCCCCCCGCCCUGGACAGCAUCAUCACAGAGUACCUGAGGGAGCAGCACGCGCGCUGCAAGAACCCCGUUACCACCUGCCCCCUCUCCCUCUUCACCCCCCACCAGUGCCCUGAGCCCAAGCAGAGGCGCCAGGCCCCAACCAACUUCACCUCCCGACACACACGCAGGGUUGUCUACCCAAAAUACGGAGGGGUGGAUGGCGGCUGCUUCGACCGACACCUCAUCUUUAGCAGGUUCCGACCCAUCUCUGUGUUCAGGGAAGCAGACGAGGAUGAGAGUGGGUUCAUGUGUUGUGCCUUCUCUGCCCGUGAGCGGUUCUUGAUGCUGGGGACAUGUACGGGCCAGCUCAAACUCUACAAUGUGUUCACAGGCCAGGAGGAGGCCAGCUAUAGCUGCCACAGCUCUGCCAUCACACACCUAGAGCCAUCACGGGAUGGCUCUCUGUUGUUGACGUCAGCCUCAUGGAGUUAUCCUCUGUCUGCACUGUGGGGCAUGAAGUCAGUGUUCAUCAUGAAGCAUUCCUUCUUAGAUGACCAUUAUGUGGAGUUCAGUAAACUUUCACAAGACCGAGUCAUUGGCACAAAGGAACACAUAGCUCACAUCUACGACAUCCAGACAGGGCAGAAGACCCUCACCCUCCACUACCCGGACCUGUCCAACAACUACAAGAGGAACUGUGCAACCUUUAACCCCACCGACGACCUGGUGCUGAACGACGGCGUGCUGUGGGAUGUGCGCUCAGCUCAGGCCAUCCACAAGUUUGACAAGUUCAACAUGAACAUCAGCGGAGUGUUCCACCCCAACGGCCUGGAGCUUAUUGUCAACACUGAGAUUUGGGACCUGCGGACCUUCCACCUGCUCCACACAGUGCCAGCUCUGGACCAGUGCAGGAUCGUCUUCAACAACAACGGCACGGUCAUCUACGGAGCGAUGCUACAGGCAGAUAAUGAGGACGAUCUAUUGGAAAUGCAGAUGAAGACUCCCUUUGGCUCCUCCUUCAGGACGUUCAACGCCACUGACUACAAACCCAUUGCCACCAUCGACGUGAAGAGGAAUAUAUUUGACCUCUGCACGGAUACUAAGGACUGCUACCUGGCUGUGAUCGAGAACCAAGACUCGGUCAACACAGACACGGUGUGCAGACUGUACGAGGUGGGACGCCAGAGACUGGCUGAGGAGGAGGAGGAUGAGGAAGAUCAGGAGGAUGAUGAUCAAGAGGAUGACGAUGAUGAUGAAGAUGACUCUGACGACGACAUCGACACAGACCCACUGGUUGCCGAGCUGGAAAAUGAAAAUGGAGGAGAGGACGAGGAAGAUGGGAACAAUGAAUUCUCUCCCUCUGACGAUGAAGAGGUAGCUCGUCUGCUUGAGGGGGAUGAUGACGAUGACUCGGAUGGGGACCUUGCCCUGGAUAACACAGACAGCUCAGACCUUGAGGAUGACAUAAUCCUGUCCCUGAAUGAGUGAGGAGUUGUCUGGGACCGAGAAACUAGGACAACAUGUCCGGACAUCUAGUGAGAGCUCUCCCGUGGGUGAACACUCAUUAACAACUGAGACAAGACGGUAAGGUACAGUUGGGGAGAAAGAAGGAUGGGAUUUGGGAAAUGAACUGCGAAAGCCGACAGCACUGCGAGUUUGGAAUAUUGUCCCAAUGCCCACCUACCGCCCAGGAGCAAUAGUGGGAGAAGCUGAUUGGAGAGUCCGAAGUAGAGGGUCAGAAGAAAGUUCCGCCUUUCAAAAAGUUUCCACGGAAUGGUAUUCCUGAAGAAAAAAAAACCUGAAGAUUUGUUUAUGAUAUAGUUUUAUAUUACACAGUUUGCUUGAUGAGUGGGGGAAAAAACUGGUACACACAACAAAGACUGACUCUUUUAAAAUGUUGAUUUCAUUAAAGCUCUUUUCAAAGUUUUUCCCCCUUAUGGACUAUUGGUCAUUUUCUAGAAUGCUGAAUGACCACCGUCAUGUGUAGACUGUUUUAGAUUGGGAAACUGAAGGAAACCACAUCUCUCUGUGGAUUGAUAAGGCAGAGUGUUCGCUGACUCAAGCUUUCUGUACUGCAUCAGCUCCUAUGUGGUCUGCUAAAGACUAAGGUGCUGCUUGAGGCCGCCACUGUAAAAACAAACACCCACACAGAGAGCUGAUAAUCUGUGGAGCUAAACCAGCCAUAUCCUCAGGUUCAUCUCCACUGCACCACCUACAAUACAAACGUAACUAACGACCAAGACACCACACACAAUAGUGCCAUCAAUGACCAACACCACUGGGUUUCACUGUGUAAUCAUAAAGGAUUAAACAUGGUGCUCUUUAAAAAUGCUGAAUGCUGGCAAUUUAGGAACUGUACUCACAUUAGUGAGUGUAAAACCGUGGACUCUACAAAUAUUGUCAGCACGUGAUUGAUGUAGGUGUAUGUCUACAUAACGAGGCCUUAAAUGAUGCCUGACAUUUUAAUUUUUUUACACCGUGUAUGAAUUUGGCUUAGAUUUACAUUUUGAGUGUUUGAUAUCAACAUUGGAUUUAUGCUGUCUACACACAGGAAAUGUUAUAUUGUAAGACAGAAAGCAAACUUUACCUUACAUUUUGGGUUAACAUCUUUUGGGGGGUUCAUUAGUGGACAUUGCUUGGUAUUCAGUUGUUAUUUCCCUACAACCUGUUUUAUUUUAUAUAUAUAUAUAUUAUAACAACACUUAGGAUUUGUUUGGUUCCUCUCAUGGAACACCCCUGACAGAAGUGCAUUGGAUGAUGUUUUAGUUGCUGACUGUCAAUAAUGCAGAGACACUGGGUGCACAUGUUUUGCAUUAAGGGAUGUCCGGGUGGGUGAAUUUGGCACUUGAUUGGCGAUUUAGGAGCCUGGUGGAAAACACAGAAUCCCACCCUCAAAACUGCCGGUGAGGCCGGUUAUAGGGAUAGCGUUGAAAACAAAACAAUGAAAAUCGUUCCCCCGGUUAUGCAAAACAAGCGCACUGUAUUUUGGCUGAGGUGUGUUUUGUUUGGAUUAUGGUUUUGACCUUGAACUUUGUUGGGUGGAAGGGAGGGUGGUUUUAGAAGCUAUUCCUGGUAAGUAUUAAAUUGUGCACAGCUGUAUUAUUCAGUUGCUGCUACUUUUUAACGAGACAGUCAAUAUUCAAAUGUAGGAUGGUCUCGCAUGUAUUGCCAACAUAUCAUGAUUUUUCUUCCCGAAUCAUGAUCUUUUCCUAGUUUUGAUUUCAUUAUUUUCCUUCUGCCUCUCUUCAUUUCUUUGUUAGAGGCGCUCUUAUAACGAGCCAUAAGAAACAUGUUCUGUACAGUAAUGUAUCUAAAAGUAUUUUUGCUCCCAUUUAAUUUAAAGAUUGAGUGCUGUCAUCUUUAGGCCUAAAUUAGAAUACCCUGACAUUAAGAGAUUAACGCCCUGGUGUGAACAUAUAUGACCUGCAUCAUGCACCCAAAAGCUAUAAUUCAGUUGCUGUGAUGGAAGAGUUCACUCAUCUCUAACCUACGUAGGAGCCAGGGGUUCACGACCAGAACAUAAACGUAUAGAAUAUACCUCAGAAAUGUACUAUAGAUUUAGUCAUUUGCCGUUCCCAAUUUAAGCCUAUUUUAUGGAUAUUAUAAUACACACAUUUGUUUCGAAACUUCACUAUUUAUUGUACACUAUAUGCUCUGUCUACAGACAUGGGCUAUUUGCUAUAUAAUCAGCUAAUUCAGUAGUGUGCUGUUGCAUCACCAUUGGUUACCAUAUGUUAAAUUGGAUUAUGUAAUGUUCUUAGAUAAUUAUAGAAUGGGAUCAUAACAUUCUAAAAACAACCUUGUUUUGAUUAAAAGUUAUUUAAAAAUGUGUGCGUGUAUGAGGUAUUGGUCUGUAUGAGCAUGCUAGAGUAGUGCAUGGGAGAUGUCUGUGUUGUGCUGAAAACAGGCAUGAUCUUGUCUAAGAUAGGAAUACAUUUAUUUUUUUCUCUCUGUGGGUGAUGUUGCAAGCGGAGGCUAUCUUGUCUGUGUGAAUAUAGUAGUUGGGAUGGAGGACUGAUUCUGUGUCUGCCCAUAAUAAAGUAGCUUAUAGUGUC